ACACGUAAAACGAAUAGCAACAGCCCUAAAUCGAUUAUGAUGACACAUUUGUUUUGUUAGAAACUACAGUCUGUGUGCUUCGUAGUUUUCAUCUUAAAUUCAUUAGAAAGUAGACGAAGCAACAUUUUUUAAAAUAAACUUUUUAUUCUUACAAACAACUGUACCCCGAAAUUAUGUGGUUGGAAUUUGUGUUGUGCUAGUGAUCAUUAAGUCGAAAGAAUUGUUCCAUGAAAGUCUCGAAACUGACAAUGGCUGCAUUGGUGCGAAAAAAGCAAGAUGACAAAAAUUUGAAAAUUCUUCGCGAAAUUGUUUUGAUCGGUGGCAAUAGACAGUGUUUUGAUUGUGAACAAAAAGGACCAACAUAUGUGAACAUGACAAUUGGAUCAUUUAUAUGUGCCACAUGCGCCGGUUCUCUACGUGGUUUAACUCCUCCCCAUCGAGUUAAGUCAAUAUCGAUGGCCACAUUUACCUCCGACGAGCUGGAAUUUAUAAGACAACGUGGAAACGAUUGUUGCGCAAAGACGUGGCUGGGACUGUGGGAUCCGAAACGUGCAAUCAAGCAAGAUCAACGUGAAUUUAUGAUCGACAAAUACGAACAAAAAAGAUAUUACCUUGAACCAGCCAGCCCGUUAAAGUCACUGACAGGAAAUAACAAGAUUUCGCACGAGGCACAGCAAAAUGGUAAUGGCACAAUAUCAAAACCGGUCAAUGGUCGCACACAAGCUGCAAAUAGUACGUCUGUGACGUACAGUUUACCAAAUACCUUUCCAACACACUUUGCGUCGGAAAACCACACGAUAACGAAGAUACAGGCUCCCGCUAUCAGACCCGUUGAACAAACGAAUGGAUCCGCACGAAGCAACCAUUCAACAAGAAAUUUAAACAACAACAACGUCAUGCCGUCGUCGACUGCGGAUACAGAUUUUGUGGCUGAUUUUAGCACAGCCGUUAUAUUUAAUGGUGCUGUAUACGACAACAAUAAUUUUUCGUCCAAACUAACUAAAACUGAUAGCUCAUACUCAACGGCUCAAAAUGGCACUAAUUUUAACGAAAACGCAAAUUUUGCAGACUUUGAACACAAUCCAAUAUUCAAAGCAGAAUUCCCCACAUCAUGGGUCUUUACAAACAACAAUUCCAACAACAAUGGCACAAUGGCAUCUAAUACUGUUUUCAGUACGACCGACCGAUAUGCAGCUCUCAAAGACCUUGAUGAACAAUUGCGCGACGAUAAGUCUGUAUUUCAAUCUCAAUCCGUCCAGGAACAUCAACAACAACAACAGAAUCCAUUCAAACAGCACAAUGGCAAUUUGCAUUCGAUAGGCAAUCCGUUUCAAGUGCUCGGCGAGACGAAGGUAAAUUUCGGUGGUGCUAUCGACAAUGGACGUUAUGAUGGAACAAAUGACUUUAAUAGUCACAUGCACCAAAGAAAUCCGUUUCAAAUUCCAAAUGCUAAGUCGAAUAAUCCAUUUUUAUAAACGAUGGCAGACGCGUACACAAAUUGUGUAUUAUUCAACAAAAUAUUUAUGUUCUUUUUAGGUUUGAGUCAAAUUUAUUAAUUUUUAGUUUUAAAUUUUUACUUUCAACUGACAAAAUGAAAAAUUUAGUUUUUAAACCUUAUAACCCUUAAUGGCCUUAAUUCAAUAAAUUUUUAAUCGGUCUGACAUAACUAAUUUAGUGCAAGGAAUUCAAUGUGAUGUGGAAUAAUGAUGGACUUCGAAUGGGAACAAAGAAAAACAAAAUUAUUUUAUUGAAAUAACAAUUUUAUCGUUCAUAGUAUACUCUCUAUCUCUCUUUACAAAAAAAAAAAAAAACAUUUUUGCGUGUGAUUUCAAACGGUUUUCGACUGGCAAACCUUUGAACAAAUUGAAAAUUAUACUUUCAAUUUCAGACAAUCCACUCAGUUAUCAUCCAGGCGAGACUAAAUGUACCCUAUAUUAGGGAGUUCGAUUAGGUUUAGUACCUUCCAAAUCCCAAAUAUUCCAAUUAAAUUUUGAUCAUCAAAUGAUUUUUUGAAGAACCAAGAUUGGAUUGGCAUUUUGGAAGAAACUGAUCUUUCAUUCGAAAAUGAUCGAGCAAGACUGAAUGGAGCGUUGCACGCGUGAUUCCUCUUGCUUUUGCUUUAAUCUACUUCGUUUCAAUUCGGUAUGUGAAUUAUUUUUUGCUGCACGUAGAACCAGGGCCUCGAUUCUCAUGAGUUCGUAACUUAACGGAUUCGUAACUUGACAGUUCUCAUGAGAUUUUAUACAUACAACUGUCAAGUUACGAUUAUUUUGAGUUACGAAUCUUAUGACAAUCGGUCCCCAGAAAGGUUAGUAUUUAGGAACUGUUCACGAAUGAUAUCACGUCGUUAGGGAGAGGGUGUUCAAAAAAGACGGGACGAUCUAAAAAAAACAUUUGGGUCAAUGUUGACUCUUUAAGAUGAGGGGAGUGGGCUUCGAAAUUUCCGUAAAAUAACGUGACAUCAUUUGUGUACGACACUCUAAAGUAACUAGUAGUGAGAUAGCGAGAGAAUUUAGCCGGAGGAAACAAGUUCAUCAUUUUACAACUGUAAUGCCUUGAUGAUUCAUGUGAAAACCUUACACAUGUUUAAGGGAACAAAGAUUCAUUGGACCUCGACUUCUGCAAUAGCACAUUUCACUCAAUUCUCUUUGUACAUGAGUCAGCUCUCGGUAUAGACCUUGAAAACAAAAAUUGAAAUGAUGACUAAAUACUUUUUGGGUCACAUUUUUUUCGGUCGAACAGAACACUCAUUCUAUGACUCAUAUUACAAAUGUUAGAACCAUACCCAUACAGAGCUGACGUCACAAAAAUUGCCAGUAGAAAAUCGUUGGAAAAUCUAACCAAAAA